AUGUUCGACUUUGACGACCUGGAGGAGAAGGAGGAGGAGAAAGAGGAAACCAAUCAGCCGAAGGAGCAGCCUCAAGAGGCUUUGGGUGCUGCGCCGGACCACCUCCCCCCACCUGUCUUUGCUCCGCCGGCCUUUGCUCCGCCGCCCUCGCUGCCGCCGGCGCCAGAGCUGCCACCGGAGCCCACCCUGCGGGACAUCGGCCGUCCUCCUGGUCUGGCGUCCCCACAGCAGGCCCUUGCGAGCCCGCCUGCGGACCCGGGCAGCCUGGAAGGAGACUUCGGCCGUCCUCCUGGCCUCCCGUCGCCGCAGCGCGGGCCAGAGGCGGUAGUGAGUCCUCCUGGCCUCCCAUCGCCGCAGCGCGGGCCAGAGGUGCCCGCAGUGGCGGAGGUCCAGGGCAGCACUCUGCUGCUGCCUCCCGGCCCUUUGGCGCGGGUCAGGCUUGAGGACUUGCAGCGUGCCAGAGGCGGCGCGCCCAUGGCGGCACAGGCGAGCGCCUUGGUCUCCAGCCAGUUCGGGUGCUUCCGGGAUGCAGGAGCUUUGGACUUUGUGGCCUUGGGAACCAAGACACGGGUCCUGCGGGUGGAGAACGCCCGGAGCUGUGCCAUGAAGCCAAACGAUCGGCACCUGCUGGUGGCCUUGGAGAAUGGAGCGCUGUCCAUGUACAGGUUGGAGUCGCAGUCCGCGACACAUUUGUGGCAGUUGGACUUCGGGGAUCUGCAGGAGGUGCAGUGGCACCCGACCAACGAAAAGGUCUUCGUCACUCUCCAGCCCGGUCGUGCCUUGCAGCAGCCCCGGAGCUUCAUCGACCAACUCCCGCCACGCGCCCGGCGAAUGGGCGGGGCGCUGCGGAAUUUCCGCCCGGCGCCGCCGGAGCAGCGGCUGCCCGGGGAGGCACAUCGCGGGGAGCUUUCGCCACCUGUGGGCAUUGGGGUGGGCCACUUGGCCCAGCUUCCGAACCGGGCUCCGCCGGGCUGCGGCGCCAAGGUGCCAGGCUACAGCUGGCACGCCCGGAAGGCCGGGAGCCAUGGCAACGUCUUUGGUGCCAACCAGGUGGUGCUUCGAGUGCCCGACAUCGAUGUCUUGGUACUUCGGGGGCUCCAGGAGAUAGGCAUGCACCCAAAUCUGCUGGCUGUGCUGGAUCUCUUCCGGGACAGUGGGGCGGUGUGGCUGGUGACCCAACUUUGCCCCGGCGGCACUUUGGCGGAGGCCGUGGCACUACGGCAGCAGUGGAGCAGCCCACAGCUGGCAAAGAGCUUCACGGGCGGCUUUGAGGUUGGCCUGGCCAUGGCCUGGACCGCCCAGCUCUUUGCGGCGCUGUCCUUCCUGCACGAGCACCGCGUCAUCCACCGCAGCGUGAAGCCGGAGAGUUGUAUCUUGGACCAGCCGCGGAUCGUGGAUUCGAACCUGGUGCUCGGGAACUUCUCCCAGAGCUCCAGGCUGUACCUGGACAACAUCAUGGUGGACCGGCCAGAGGAGCUCCUGAACGGCAGCGCCGGCUAUGUGGCGCCGGAGCUGAAGCGCCAGGCCAUGUCCAGCACCGCGGUGCCUUUGGAGAUCAAAUCCGACUGCUGGUCUGGGGGCUGUGUGCUGUACUUCAUGCUGGAAGGCAAAGCUGCCUUCAACUACUCCGAAUUCCCAAAGCGGGCGGAGAAGGGUCAGUACACCGCGCCAUUGGCGCCCAAAGAGAUCUGCAGCUUCCUGGCGACGCUGCUCCAGGUGGACUAUGUGGCCCGAGCGGAGGCCCACGAUGCGCUGCGGGAGGCCCGGCGCCUCGCGGGCGCCUGGGCAUACCGUGGUGCUGAUGCGGCUCAUGACCAGUAUAUUUGUGCAUACGUAUAG